AUGCACAAGGUCCAGCACCCACCUCAGCCUGUUCACAAAUACUAUCAGAAUGGAGAAUUCAUUAUUGGUGUCAUUGCUUCUCAAAGUUUCAUUCUGUCUAGCUCAAUAGACUUCACUGAACAGCCGCCUCCAACAUUGAAUGAAGACUUAAUUAUAGUACCUAAUAAUUACCAACACAUCCUGGCCUUGGCCUUCUCGGUAAAGGAGAUCAAUGAAAACCCUCAGCUCUUACCCAAUAUCACCUUGGGCUUCCACAUUUAUGACAGCUAUUUCAAUGCCAAGGCGACCUAUCAUGCCACUAUACUACUUACGUCAACUCUGGAGAAAUUUGUCCCCAAUUACAUAUGCAAUAUUCAGAAUAAUCUAAUAGCCGUUAUUGGGGGACUGGACUCCGAAAUCUCCCUUCAUGUGGCAAAUGCCUUGGAUAUUUACAAGAUUCCACAGCUAACAUACAGCCCUGCUCCAGUGAUGAAUGAUAAAACUCCAGGCCUUCCCUUCUACCAGAUGGUCCCUAAUGAAGCCAUUCAACUCAAGCGAAGUGCAGUGAUGGAGGAAGAUGGACUGAAACAUCAAAAACGACUGUCAUUGCAGUUUGUAGCUGGAUUUGAUGUUACCAACUGGGUUAAUUCUGGAGACGAACCUGUAGUGAAAGUUGGGAGGAUGGAUCCCAAGUCUCACCUAGGCCCAGUGUUUACCAUCAAUGAAGAUGCCAUAACAUGGCACAUUUGGUUUAACCAGACACAACCUCUUUCUGUAUGUACUGAAAGUUGCCAUCCUGGUUCCAGCAAGAAAGUGAAGGAGGGGGAGCCAUUUUGCUGUUAUGAUUGCAUCCCAUGUCCAGAAGGGAAGAUUUCAGCUCAGGAUGAUAUGAGUGAUUGUCAUGAAUGCACAGAUGAGAAUUAUCCAAACAAAAACAGAGAUUGGUGUAUUCCCAAGAAUGUAAGUUACCUGACAUUUGAAGAACCUUUGGGGUUCACUUUAGCAUGUUUGUCUCUUUCAUUUUGUUUGAUCACAGCUCUGGUCCUGGUGACCUUUAUGAAGCACCAUGACACCCCUAUUGUCAAAGCCAACAACCGGGACCUCACCUACAUUCUCCUGAUCUCCCUCCUACUCUGCUUCAUUUGUGCAUUGCUAUUCAUUGGCAAACCUUGGAAGGUGACAUGUCUCCUCCGGCAAACUGCUUUUGGCAUCAUUUUCUCACUGGCUGUUUCUUGUGUGCUGGCAAAAACCAUCACAGUUGUCCUGGCUUUCAUGGCCACUAAGCCAGGAUCGAGGGUGAAGAAAUGGAUUGGGAAAAGCCUUGCCUAUUCCAUUGUGAUCUCCUGUUCUGUCAUUCAAGCAGGCACCUGCCUUGUGUGGCUGGCAACCAAUCCUCCAUUCCCAAAUGUUGACAUGCACUCUGUGUCUGAUGAAAUUAUACUAGAAUGUAAUGAGGGGUCUGUGACUAUGUUUUACUGUGUUCUUGGCUACAUGGGCUUCCUGGCCACUGUCAGUUUCACUGUAGCUUUCUUUGCCAGGAAGUUACCUGACAGUUUCAAUGAAGCAAAGUUUAUCACUUUCAGUAUGCUGGUCUUCUGUAGCGUUUGGUUAUCUUUUGUUCCAACUUACUUGAGCACUAAAGGGAAAUACAUGGUAGCAGUGGAGAUCUUUUCUAUCUUAACCUCUAGUGCUGGGCUGCUGGGCUGUAUCUUUUCUCCAAAAUGUUACAUUAUUUUGUUGAGGCCUGAGCUGAAUGAUAGGGGCCUGCUAAUAAGAAGAAAGUCUUAA